AUGGAUAUCCCGGCUUUAAUUCGUUGUCAAACACAUUUCUCACUUAACUUUUCAAACAAAGCACUAGAAGUAAAUGUAAAGAAGAACGUUGUUUUUUCUCCAGUGAGCAUAUCUGUGGUAUUGAGUUUGGCUGGAGGUGGAACAAAGGGUGCAACGUUAGAUCAGUUUUGUAAUUGUCUCAAAUCUAAAGAUAUCCAUCAAUUGAACGAACUUUCUUUUCAUCUCAUCAAUGCAAUUUUAAUGGAUGGAAGUGCUAGUGGAGGUCCCCUUCUGUCAUUUGUGAAUGGAGUAUGGGUGGAGCAAUCCUUCACUUUAAAGCCCAAUUAUAGAGAUAUUGUGAACAAUCGAUAUAAUGCAGAAGCUAACUCGGCAAAUGAAAUUAGAAUGGAGGUGAAUAAAUGGGCAGAAAAUGAGAGCAAGGGGAAGAUUGAAGAGUUCCUCUCACCUGAUUCUGUGGAUGAAGAUACCAGGCUGAUUUUGGCAAAUGCCUUGUAUUUCAAGGGCAGAUGGGAAGAUAUUUUUGAUUUUUCUGCAACAGAAGAGGGUACUUUUAAUUUGCCAAAUGGGGAGAGUGUGCAAGUACCCAUGAUGACUACUACAGAGAAUCAAUUUAUUAAAAUAGUUGAUGACUGCAAAAUCCUACGCCUUCCCUAUUUUCAGGGACAGGACAACCGGUCCUUCUCCAUGUAUAUUAUAUUGCCCAAUGAUAUCAAUGGUCUGCCUGAACUGGAAAGAAAGGUUGAUCUUAAUUUUCUUGAGCAUCAUCUGUCCCAAGGAAGUAAGGUAAAGGUACGUUAUUUUCAGCUGCCUCGCUUCAAGAUAUCAUCUAGUGUUAAUGCAACUGACAUCCUGAAAACGAUGGGACUGGUCUUACCCUUUACCAUUCAUGCAAAUUUCGAUGACAUGGUUGAGUUUUAUGAGGGUGAGCGUCUCUGCAUUACAAAUGUUUUUCACAAAUCAUUUGUGGAGGUUAACGAGGUAGGCACUGAAGCCACAGCUAUCAGUACAAUUACGUAUAAGCAAAUGUGCGCACGCAUGUACCCAAUUGAGGACUUUAUAGCUGAUCAUCCUUUCAUGUUUGUCAUCAAGGAAGAUAAAACUGGAGUUAUUCUAUUUGUUGGACAUGUAUUGAAUCCCCUUGAAAGCUAA